AUGUGUAGAAAUGUUCUACAUGUGGAGAUCAACAAUGAAGAAAUGCAACUUUCAGAAAAGGAUGAUGAAACUGAUGUCUAUGUCGGUCUAUCUGAUAGAGAGGCUACUGAUAGAGAGGCUACUGAUAUUGAAGCUUGUAAUGAAGAUGGUACUGAGAAUGAUGGAACUGAUAAUGAAGGUGUUGGUGGUGUGCUCACUUUUGACGAAGACAUUGAGAUGCAUGAUGGUGUGUAUCAGCCACGAGAUGAUGGUAUGGAUUUAGUUUUAGGUCAAGAAUUUAGAACCAAGGAGGCAGCAAAAGUUCUUAUUCAGUCAGCUUCAUAUCAGAAAUGUUUUGAGUUUGAUAUAAUAAGUCGGAUACUAUAUGUGGUUAAAUGCAACAGAGCCAAAGAAGAAGACUGCAAAUGGUUUGUGCGAAUUGCAAAGUUAAAGAAUUCAGAGCUUUGGACAGUUAGAAGUUUCAUCAACCAGCAUACAUGUUUUGUUGUUACUACAAGAACACUGCAUGAUAGAGAAGCCACUGAUAGAGAGACUACUGAUAGAGAGGCAACUGAUACUGAGACUGGUGAUAAAGAUCGUACUAAGAAUGAUGCAACUGAUGGUGGUGUGCUAACUCUUCACGAAGGCACUGAGAUGCAUGAUGAUCUUUGGACGGUUAGAAGUUACAUCAAGCAGCAUACAUGUUCUGUUGUUACUACAAGAACAUUGCGGAAUAGAAGGAGAGGCACACCACAAAUCGUUGCAUCUGUUUUGGCUCGAGAUUAUCCUGGUACAUUUGACACACCAGUUCCAAAAGUUCUGAUCGAUUUGGUUCAUCGCCAGGUUGGUGUGCAAGUAUCAUACACAACAGCAUGGAGAGGAAAAAGAGAAGUUGCUAAUGAGGAGAUGAAUAUUGGCACAAGAACUAGUGUGGUAGUGGAUGAAGCCAACAAAUUCAAGUACAUGUUUUUUUACUUGGGAGCUAGCAUAGAAGGGUUCCGUGCGAUGAGGAAAGUCCUCAUUGUGGAUGGAACACACCUCAAGAAUUUGAAAUUAGUGCUACCUGAUGUCCCGGGAUUUCUCCUUGUUGCGACUGCUCAGGAUCCUAAUCAUCACCACUACCCAAUUGCGUUUGGUGUAGCAGACAAUAGAAACAAAAUCUUGAUCAAGGCAGUACGUCUAGUGUUCCCUAAGGCCGAACAUGGGUAUUGUAUAUGGCAUUUGUCUCAGAAUGUUAAAAGCCACGUCCAUAACAACAAAGAUACUUGUGCGUUCAAGUUUAGAGAAUGCGCACACGCUUAUACAGUGGUUGAGUUCAAGUACCUUUAUCAUGCUUUUCGCAGGAAGUAUCCUAGUGCAGCGGUGUAUCUUGACAAAAGUGUUGAAGAGAAGAAAUAUUAUUUUAGGGGAGAUAGGUACAAUGUCGACACCACCAAUUCAGUAGAAUCUUUUAAUGGUGUUAUUAAGGAAACGAGAAUGUACACCUUACUGCCAAUGUUUGAUGUAAUCAUUGGAAAAAUGGCUGAAUGGUUUAACAAGUAUAGGAAGAUGGCAGCUGAAGUACCUAUUGUGGAAGUGGAAAUGUCUAAAACUUGUGUUGAUGCAGGGUUUCUCACGGUUGACGAGUUAAACAGCUUCCAUCUUGAGUACAAUGUGCAUGGUGCUGACGGAAAAAAUUGUACCAUCGAUAUGGCUAGCUACACUUGUAGCAGUGAGCAAUUUGAUAAAGAUAAAUACCCAUGUGUGCAUGCAGUAGCGGCUGCCACAUUCAUUACUGAUAAAGCAGGAAAUAAACUCCAUCUAUCUGAGUAUUGUUCUAAGUACUAUUUGGUAGAGCAAUGGGCAUUGGCUUAUCACAGGACAAUAUAUCUUGUUCCUCAUAUGUCUGAUUGGGUUAUACCAGAAGAAGUUAGCACAAUGAAAAUACUUCUUCCAGAUUUUGAAGUCAAGAAAGGAAAACCACAACAAACAAGGUUUCCAUCAGUAGGAGAAUCUCGUGGAAGAGGAAAAAGAGGCAAAAGGAGUGGCAGAGGGAAUGCUAGAGGGAGUGGUAGAGAGGGUGGCAGAGGGAGAGCCAGAGGCACGGGCAGAGCCAGAGGAGAAGGACUUGCAGCGUAUUUUGAUUGUGGAAGUGGUUCGGAUUCAGGUGUUUGA